UUUCAGCUCUAACCGACAAUUAGUAAAUAAAGUAAAACAAUAAAACCAGGUGACAAUGCUGCAGCAAAUCAAGAUGCUGGUCCUGGGCAUCAUCACACUGUGCCGACGUGCCUUGUGUUGCUUUUCGAGGCGCCGGAAGCUCAGUCACUCCGGAAGCGCAAACGGCGACCAGCUGCAGGCUGUGAACGUGAUUGUGGAGCGGGGUGACUUCUCUGCCGCCUCCUCCUCCGCCGCCGUCGGAAAUUCCAGGUCAAUGGGUCCCAAGGAGCGCGACUGGAACUCCUGGGACGACAGUCCGCGGACCGUGGAGGAGCACAUCGAGCAGUACCGCCAGCGGAUGGCUCAACCGCCAACGCCGCCGAAGGAGGAGCCCGAACCGGACUUCUUCAGUGAGUUAACGCCCACCAUUAAGCCUCAAAUGAAGUUCUACCUGGAGGACCCAACGACGAGUGCGGCGGCCAGCCAAUCAACGGACUUUUCAAGACUGCAGGCCCAGGAUUUGGUGCCCAUUAGCAAUAAUGCCGAUCUCGAGGACUGGGUGGACGACAAUGCCGGCGGCUGGGAGGAGCUGGAUACCUCGCAGACCAAGCAGAUCCUGCGUGAAAAGCGACGCGAAUUGCGCCACCAGCGACAGCCGGCCGCCCGACCAGCCCCGCCCACCGUUGGUGCCCAGCGGCUGAGCGACGGUCAACGAGCGGCGUAGUUGUUGCUGCACGAACCCCUCAUCCAGCCUGAUCAUUCCACAAUCCACUUGCAUUCUGUUUUCCUUUUCUUUUGUUCGAUUUAGUUGAUUGGCCACACGAAAUAAAUCUUGCCUUUCACUCGCA